AAAAAAACCGUCCCAGACUGUGCGAGACAGGCAGACAGACAGACCUACAGACGAGAGACACCCCCGCAUAGUUUCCGUCAGCCGGGUGACGUCUCCGCCUCUCAGCCCGUGUGCAGUGUGACGUUGCGGGCUGUAGUGUGGAGCUUCUAGCUGCAUCUUGUUGACGCUCCGCCAGGCUUUUCCAGUGCUGAGAGGACUCCGAACGAGUGAGGACGACUGACACACUGUUCAGGCAACAGAUCAGAACCUAGACAACCUAACCAUCAUGAAGACUUGCGUCAUUUAAAAAAAGACUCCAGGGGGUGAGAAGCCAGAGGAAAACGAGAAACAGUCAGAAGAACAGGAGACAAGCGACUGUAACCCUGUGCUUGGACAUGGCCAGCACCCAGACCAGUUUGAAAACUCCUUUCAAAGACUUGACCUCCUUCAAGGGCAACAUGAAGCGUCUGUACAGAGAGCGAAUGGAAGACGCACCCAUCAAGAAGCGACUGAUGGCCGAAAUGAAUUUGAAGCGGCGUGGUUUGGAUCCCCUCACCAAAACUCCUAAAGUGAAGAGGGAGCAGAUGGAGGAUCUGCACCAUGAUGUUGACAUGGAUGUGGAGGGCCGGGCUGAAAUGCAUGUCAUGGGCUCAGGUAAAGCUCUGGACCUGAGUCCUGGCCUCAAACACACACUGGCCCAGUUUACUCUCAGCAGCCAGAGCUCCCUCGGGGGCCCAGCUGCCUUCUCAGCCCGAACUGGCCAUGAGCAUUCUGCUGGUAUGCCCCCCCUGCCCUCCCCUCCUGUGUUAGGAGGGGGCCCUCUACUGGUUCCAUGUGACAGCUCAACUGAACUCACCCACUCGCUACUGGAAGGAGAGUCCAUCUCCUGCUUUGUCGUUGGUGGGGAGAAAAGGCUGUGCCUGCCUCAGGUGCUCAACUCUGUGCUCCGUGACUUUUCGCUGCAGCAGAUCAACACGGUGUGCGACGAGCUGUACGUUUACUGCUCUCGCUGCGACGCAGAGCAGCUGCACAUCCUAAAGGUUCUGGGCAUUCUACCGUUCAACGCGCCGUCCUGCGGCCUCAUUACGCUGACUGAUGCGCAGCGGCUGUGCAAUGCUCUCCUGCGUCCCGGGGCAGCUUUGCCCGCCGAUCCCAGCGGCAAGCUGUCGGUCCAGGGCCUGCUGAAGGAGAGCGAGGCCAGCUUCCAGGUGGAGCACCAGUGUCUGGGGAAGUGCCAAGGUCUCUUCGUGCCCCACUUCUACUCUCAGCCUGAGGCACCAUGCAUCCAGUGUGUCGAGUGCCAGCUGCUCUUUUCACCUCAGAAGUUUGUCAUGCAUUCACACAAGUCACCCGAUAAGAGGACCUGCCACUGGGGCUUUGAUUCAGCCAAGUGGCCAUGCUAUCUGCAACUUGCCAGGAAGUACCAGGGGACGCCCGAGGAACCCAAACUCAAGCAGCUCCUGGACGAGGUCAAAGAGAAGUUCCAUUAUCAACUGAAGAGGUCGCUAGACAAAAAGUCAGGGGAGGAAGAGGAGAUUCAGCUGAGGAAGUCCUCGGUAGAUCUCUGCUCCGCCGGCGACAAGUUAGCCGAGGCUGAGCCUGCGAGAAAGGGCAAACCGACUCCGCCCACUCUGGUGUUCAACCGUCUUUUCACAGACAUCAAGGAGGAGCCAGGACACCCCACCCUGGUCCAUCCCAGCUACUACCUGUACACAUACGAUAAGAUGGUGGCUCCCAACGUGUCGCUGAGGAGGGAGGCGGAGAUGAGCCCGGAGAUGCUCGGUGUGCUCCUCAAACAUCACUACAGUCGCCGAAUUCUGGGCCACGAUGAGCCGCCCAUGGAUCUCCAUGCCUCUCCUCCCGUCGCCGCUCCCAUUGAGGAGGCUAAAUCCCAAAGUGCCGCCGCUGCCUCGGCCACCGAGCGAGAAUGCCAAACCCUGGCAGUUUCCAUGGAGACGAGCAGCCCAAGCUGCAGGAAAGCCACCCACAUCCCCUCCCACACUCCUCCUCCACCUCCCUCGUCGGUGUCGAUGUUGUCAUCGGAAGCGGAAGUAGCGGCGAAGGACACGAGCUCUGCCGCUGCAGCAGCAGUGGGGGGGCUGGAAGACGACAAGGACAGGAUUGUGGUGGAGAUCAUGCAGAUGUACAGCAGGCAGCAGGAGAAGCUCAACUCCACCCUGCAUAAGCAGCUGCAGCUGGAAAUGGAGCUGGAGGCGUUGCGAGGGGGCGAAGCGGCGAGGCUACGGGAGUUGAGUGCCGAGCAGCGGGAGCUACGCAGCGAGCUGGAGGCGGUGCACAACGAGCAGACUCGGCAGCUCAGCCAGGCUCGCCAGGAGCAGCUGGAGCUGGAGACCCGUCUGGAGCAGCUCCGACAGCAGGCCUGCGCCUGCGAACUGGGGACUCAGCGCCAGCAAGAGGCUCAUUACACGGCACAGCUGCUGGAGCUGCGUCAGAGGCUGGAGCGGGCCGAGGCCGACCGGCAGGAGCUGCAGGAGGAGCUGCACCGGGAACGAGAGGCGCGAGAGAAGCUGGAGCACACCAUCGCCCAGCUCAAGCAGCAGAUGGCCCAGUCUGGUAUGAUGGGAGGCAGCCCAUCUCCUCCUCUCACCCCCUCCACCGGACCCCUGAAUGCCCACUCUCCACCCUGCUCUUCCUCCGUGUCUGAGGCGCCUGCGAUGGCCCAAAAGUAACCUCUCCAGGUGCCUCCUUCCCUUUAUUCACCUCUUCCUCCCGUUGUCUACCAUCUCUACAACCAGAGGCAGAGAGGACUGUCUUUGAGGUGUCCCAUCCUUUUCUCCCUUUUAAUUUAACGUUUUUGUCUCCCCCUCCUCAUUAAACAGUAUUUAAACAUUUUUGGGCAUGUAUGUUUGAUUUAAUUUAUAGAUUUUACUGAACAAACAGCUGCUCUAGAGACAUGAGGCUGGUCACAGAAGAGACCAACUACAUCCAUCACUAUGUCGCCCACCCUAAUGGACCCUCUUCUCAUCUCCCUGGAGCGAAACGCUUGAUUAUGGACUCUCCGCUCCUCACUGACAACACUUCACGCUACUACCUGGCACAGCAGCUGCCUAGCUGUGUGCCUUCUUUGUCUUUAUAAACAUGAACCCCAAAAGCACCCGCGGGUGCAGGAGACAGAAGAAACAUUUCAAUUUUACUUUGUUUUCUUUUUGUUUUGACACAAAUAUAUUAUAAGAUGCUACAAUAUCAAGUCUUUAAGGAGGUAAAAGACCUUUACUGUACAGAAGAAAUCAUUUGUUGUAAAACCUCGUGAAAAUAUGCCAAUAAGUGAUGCUGAAGUUGAAAUUGACUGUUUUUGAGUGACACCCCAUUUCCCUUUUUUUUUAAAAGACAGCUAUAAAAUGUUUUGGCCUAGAUAGCAGAUUUGUUCCCUCCUCUCUCUGUUGGGCAGUGCCCCUAAGACUUUCCUGCCUUCUCCCUCGAUCCACCAGCUGCUCCAUCCCUCCACGCACAGCUUCCAUCGGUGCACUGCCAGAAAUGCAAGCAUAGCUUAAAAAGCGGUGUUGUUGCACUUAAAAUGCUAUUUUCUUUAGAAUUCUUGCAGUAGAGGAGAAUGUCUGGACAUAGAGGUUGUUUUGUUGAAGAAGGAAAACAAGCUGUAGCUGGGCUGUGUUAUCAUGAUGAGAUGUACAAAAGCAUGCACACACUUGAGUGUGUCAGUGUGUCGUAGGCAUUGGAGCAGAACGGCGGCCCCCUCGUUUCCAGUGUUGCUGCUCUUUGGGCUCGUUGUCUGCAAGGUUUUAUCUUCUCGCUGUGUGUCAGAGCGGCAUCUAAACAAAUGACAACAGCCAUGUCCAGGUAGUAAGGGAGGGAGAGGAAGAGAAGGGAGGUGUGUUGCUCUUCCUCCUCACUCACGUCAAGCUGGGUGGCCUGGACGGUUGGGGUACUGAGGCAUCCCUUUUUUAUAUACCGCCAAAACGAGGGCAGCUGCUGUCGUCUGGGGCCCUCUCCCCUCUGUUGGGGCACCCCAUAUUCUGAGGAGGGGGCGGGGCCUCAAAGUGUUUUCUAGAUGACCACAAAAGUGAUCAGACGUGCGGUCAGAGAGAGAGAAAAAAAGAACUUUACUGUGUCAGUUGCCAGGCAAAAGCGCUUUUUUUGCCACUAAGACGGUCCCAGUGAGCGUGUGUGUGUGUGUGUGUGUGUGUGUGUGUGUGUGAGAGAGAGAGAGAGUGUGUAAUGGGAUCAGCCUCGGCUAAACUCUGAGCUUUUUUUAUGCAUCUGCUAUUAAUGCAAACUGAUAAGACAUUCCACUGUGCUCCAUCCUGUCUCGAUGCAGAUUUUCUCACACAGCUUCCCUUUACAGAAACGCCCAGACAGCCAUGGUUUGUUGGUAAUCACGGAAGCAAGUGCAGAUAAAAGCAAAACGCAACAAACGUCGUUCCGUUGAAACAUUUACUAAGAUGAUGAGAGAGAAUAUUUAACAUUAAAGAUUUAUAUUCACUUUGUAAAUAAAGUAGUCAUUAAUAUAUUAACUGUUCUUAUAUAAAUAAUCUUUUUUUUUAAAUGGUAUAUAAUUUAGACCAGAAGGCUCCAAAAGGCCUAAAUGGUUUAUUAUUAUUAUUAUUAUUGUUUUUGCUUUUUUUAUAUAAACAGAUGGUCUUUGCAGAAAUGAGAACUUGGCUUUUCUUGAGUGGAUGGGGGGGGGGGGGGGGGGGGGAUGAAAUGCAUGGUUUACUCAGACAACAGGGAAAAAAACAUUGUUACACACUUCUCACCCACUUUUAGAAGUGAUGCGUCUGUUUUCACGGAUUUCAUCUUAGCAGACUGUGUAACGUGUAAUGUAAGCUUUUUAGUUUUUGGCUCCUAUUUGAAUUUCCUGAGCUCAUUUGAAGAUUUGAUCAACAAAAACAAAAGAAAAACAUUUUUGCAUGUUUUGCUGCCCUUUUUUGUAUCUCCAGGUUACACUGUUCUUUUUUUAAAUGCAAAGCUUCCCUCCCAAGUAACGCAUGAAUACUGAAACGUAAAUAUCUUUAAUGGUUAAAGACGCCAGUUGAAUAUAGAGUUAAAGUGAGAUAAAAAGAAUGUAAAUUGUCACCUGAUUUGAGUUGAAAGCGUGUGUGAGUGUCUGAUGCUCUGAUGAGGGAAAGAAAAAGAAAACCCACCCAUGUAGCUCUUGAUGCUUGUUUUCACAUUUUUUAAAUCACGUGUUAUCCAGUCAUUUGUCUUUCAGAUGAUAAUCAGUAUUAGCUUUUACUCACUUAUUUCCCUCCAAAGCAGAACAGAAACCUAAAAUAUUCCUCAAAUCCAGCAAAUUUCUGAAGCCCAUUCUGUAACUUGUAGCGUAGUUUGCAUUUCAUUCACAUGGGGGCGCUGUUUAGCCUAUUUAAUGUACUAUGAUGUGACAAUUACUAACAGAUAGGAUGGAAUAAUCCUUUAUAACAGCAUGUUGGGCUCUUUCUUUUGCUUUUUGCAGUGUUAUGAGAGUUUAGAUCUAACUUAGAUAAGAUUUCUGGGUGUCGAUGUUGCCAAAAAAGACAAAAACAAGGAAAAGGAGCAAUGUUUGAGCCAACAUCUCUGAUAGGCAGCACCAACCGUGCUGCAGGAGGCUUGCUUUGUUAGCCGGGGGUCUAAUUUUAAACUAUUUGAUAUUGCUGCAGUGGUGAUUGAUCACACUGAUCACAAAAUUUUACCUUGUUUAAAGUUAAAAUGAUAUUAAAGAAAAAUGAUCUGUUGCUUUGCGCAAUGCAUUUUUUCCCUCUGCUGUUUUGAAACAUGAAACUCUGUGUCUGUAUGACCGUUGCAUACUACGUUGCCAAUACUACAGUGUGAUGAGACUUUUGUUCUUGCAUGAAUAGAGACACUGUUCUCCUACCUCAUGUUGUGAUAUAAGAUGUUUUUUAAGCAGAAGACACUGCAUCUCUUAACUGUUGAGCAUCAUUAUUUCCUAGUUCCUGUAAAUGCUUUGAGCUGAUACCUCAGUUGUAUCUAGUGUUUGUUUAUUUCUGUAUUUUUUUUUCCUUUCUCUGAUUUCGGAUCUUGUAAAUAAACCCUGUAUAGACAAUGAACUUGGAUCAAAUUCAAGUAAAGUUCUGUAGUGUCAAAA